AUGACCAGAUGGGGGCGGGAACAGGUGGCGGUGGCUCCACCCACUGAGGCACCUGCUCUGGGUCGUCCCUCUCAGGAGUGGCGGGGAGCCCGGGCGCCUCCUUACACCAUCCCUUGGAGUCUUUACACCGAGAUUGGACAUCCUUCUGAAAGAUCGGCUGUAGCUCAGCUAUCAGAUAUGGACUGGAUGGAGGAAGUGCUGGGGCUGAAAUUGUGCGAUUGCCGAGUGUACCAGAGGAGAUUGGGUCUGUUAACCCCUCAGCUUGUUUGGAGCAGAGGGGGAAGACUUGGGGUAAGGGACGUGCCAGAGGGGACACUGUUACACCACAGUAAAAAGGAAACACUGGUUCUUCUUACUCCAGCACAAACCGUGACGUGCCAGCAGUGCUCCGGCUCAGCAGACUCCUGCGAGCCUCCAGCAGGGACCUGCACAGCAGAGACGGCUAAAGGCGGCUGCAUUACGGUGGCAGAAGAAAACACACUGCAGGGGACAAAGACCACGGGCCUCUCCAGAGGCUGUUUGAAUGACUUCACUGGUGUCACAAAAGGCCCUGUCACUGUCACUCUUGGGAAUGGCAAGUAUGUGAGGAUCAACAUCACACAGUGCAGCACAGAGACGUGCAACUCACCUGUACUGGACGUGCCCACGGGGAGCACCACUGCCAACGGGCUGCAGUGCCCAACCUGCUUUUCUCUGAACGCUGAUCCAUGCAACAGCUCAGUCACCCCUUGUACGGGGGACGAGACCUAUUGCAUUGAUUUCGCUGGGACGAUACGGAGAGGUAAAUUCUGCCAGCUGGCUGCAGUGCGGGAGCUGCCCCGGGAAUCUCAUGGCUCAGGAACUCCCCAAAGGGCUGGUGAAACCUAGGGCCAGUCUCCACUGCGCCAUUGUACCACAUCUGGUGAAGACGCUCUGUGCUCAUGGGAGAGAGCUCUGCUGUCCGCACAAUAAAUCCACCUCCAGGAGCGGGAAGUGCACACCUGGCACUUCGGAUGGCGUAACUUACAUCGCUGAAGGACGUGGCUUUUUCGCACCCCUGAGCGACAUAGUGACCCAAGUGUAGUAUAGACAGGCCCCUAGAGUCUCCCAGACCCUCGGGCUGUGCUGAGGAUUUUGGCAGGAGUGAAGGAGAGAGGAAUUAGGAAGUUUUUCCUUCCAGACCAGCUCCUCCAUCUCACUGAUGCCGCCCUGCUCCUGGAGUUACGACAACGCAUCUCUUGCCAUGGGAAGGGUUGUUAUGUCAAUGACGCAGAGCUGGGGAUAGAACCUAGGAGUCCUGGCUCAAGCCCCCCUGUUCUAACCAGUAGCCCCUAGUUCCCUGUGAGGGCUGGAGAGAGAAUCCAGGAGUCCUGAUUCCAGCCCUCCCCCGCUCUAACUCACUAGACCCUGCCCCCUCCCAGAACUGAGGAGAGAACCCAAGAGACCUGGUUCCCAGUCCCCACUGCUCUAACCACUAGACCCCACCCCCCCGGUAUGUUUAAGGUGGAGCUAAGCUAUUGCUCAGUGCGGAAGCUCCUGUUCUCAGUGUGUGUCCAGGACUCCCAGCACUUUGGGGUGUUUAUAAAAUAACUGAAUCGAACGGUUGGGGCUGCCGGGGACAGUGAGAGCCGGGCAUGUUCCUCGGGGGGCCGGGCACUGGGGAAGGAGCCACCCCCGGAGAUCAGAUGGUUCCAAACUCCAGCUUCAGUCUCGUGUGGAGCUGCAGAAAGGGGCGCGGGGGAGGCAGGAGAGGACCAGAUGCCCACCCUGCCAUGGCUGGUUACAGUGAGAGCAGGGAGAGCACCGGGGGGGUGGGAACGGGAGGCAGAGGUGGGAACCACUGGAUGGUGGAGACAGAGUUUCUGGGGGCAAAGAAGGAACCAGAGCUGCCUGCGCCUAAUAACAGGCUGGUUUUCUCCCUCAGGUACAACUGUUCAGCCCUUGUUGGAAAAGGAUGCGUUACUGAGUCCACAAAAGACAUUACAGCUGGCACCUCCCUGGUUUCUGCAGUCUACACGUACAACUUCACAAACGCGACCUCCAAACCUGCAGAGAACA